AAACCCGUCAGCAAGGCAGUCACACUCGGCCGAGGAUCGUAAAUCAUGAACAGUCCGCUGCUCAGUGCGCAUCGCGACAAACAGGGUAAAAACUGUCGGAAAACAGGGACUGCCGCGAUUGUUGGCGGCGCGACGUCGCCACCCCUGGAGCGAUAAUUUACGACUCCAAUAUUGGGAGCCCCGUGCGUAUCUGGGAACGAUAACGGGCGGCGAGUUUAGUGCGCGGAAAAGUGCUCGGGAGAUCUCGAUUUCUUUUCUCCGAUGUCGGUUCUCCAAUCCGACAAUUCCAUGACCACGUAGUCCAACGCGGAAAACCGUCGCUGACCGCGAUCGCGACGAGCGCUCCCCCUCAGUGGGGAGGACGCGAUCAGUGGUGUCGUCCAGAAUCAAGGAUCGGUGUUGGAGUCGGUAGACAUCGUCAUGUGCAGCAACGAGAGCCCGCCGCCGGCGAAGGAACCGCUAGCCGUUGGCCUGGGUAACCCGAUGGCCGGCUUUCUCCCAGGUCUCGAGCAUUAUCGGCUGCAUCUGUACCAUUACGCGAUGGCGGAACGGUUGCGACUGGCGCAGCAGAUGCAGCAUCCCGGCGUGGCCCAUCAGCCUUCGGGGGCGCCAACGGCUCACCUGAGCAUGGGCCCGGGAUUUCCGGCGCCGUUACCUUUGUACCCGGCGGCCGCCGCCGCGGCUGGCUACCCAGGCCGAUUGGCACUGUCCAUGGCGCUGCUGCAUCCGCAUCACCAACGGAUACCCGAGGAACCCAAACCUCAGCACAGUUACAUCGGCUUGAUCGCCAUGGCGAUACUGUCGUCACCAGAGAAGAAACUCGUGCUGUCCGAUAUCUAUCAGCACAUCCUCGAGCACUAUCCUUAUUUUCGCACCCGCGGCCCCGGUUGGCGUAACUCUAUCCGACACAAUCUCUCGCUGAACGACUGCUUCGUUAAGUCCGGCAGGAGCGCUAACGGUAAGGGUCACUACUGGGCGAUUCAUCCGGCGAACCUGGAGGAUUUCCGGCGUGGCGACUUCCGCCGACGCAAGGCCCAGCGUAAAGUGCGUCGACACAUGGGCCGACACAUGGGCUUGGCGGUAGACGAGGAACCGGAUAGUCCCAGCCCACCGCCCUUACCCGCCACUCCGCCACCUCCGACGACUCUCGGUCCCACGGUAGCCUCGCAACCGAUAUCUGCAUUGUGGGCGCCGCAUCAUCACCAUCAUCAACAGCAACAGCAGCAGCAACAGCAACAGAAUCCCUUCCAGAGCCAGUCCCUUCGAUCGUCCUUCCAGCCGAGGAAGCGACAGUUUGACGUGGCGUCUCUCUUGGCACCUGAUGAUCAGCAACAUCAGAUCGAAGAGGAUGUCCUGGGGCCGGCCAAGUCGCGUAGGUUUAGCUGCAGCGAGGACGAGCAUGAUUUGCCGGAGGCCGAUCAGGACGACGAGGACGUCGAUGUCGACGUAGUCGCCGAUGCGAACGCCUUACCGUCGCCGAGCACGCCGCCGUCGGCUAGUCCGGAUAUACCUAAAGUCGUGUCUCCGGCCGCUCAUUGGAACCAUCAGAGUGUACAAAGCGGCGGUCAACAGCAGCAACAGCAACAGCAAGCGCUAUCGGCUGUACACCUUCACAAUCAUCUGCACGUCAGGAAUUACUACAUCCCGGCUAAUUCCGCCGGCGGGUCCAGCGUCUAAUGGAGGGCUCGGAAGAAGCCGGUCGGUUCGCAUGACAGGUAGCCGCUCAUGUCUGCCGAGUGUCCACGAGGCUCCUUUUCUUUUCACCGCGUGCUUUUAAAAACUUGUCGAAUAUUCGGUUCUAUCGUGUCGCCUUGUUUUCUAAAAACAAAAUCGUCUGGAGGAUACGAUUUUCUUUUAACAAAAGUGUCGUUAUCCUACCGUUGUCGAGUAAAUAAAUGAGAGAUGCGAUACGUCUCAGGAGAAAGGACGAUAAAUACAAAAUUAUAUUUUCAAAUUGAUUUGAACCGAGCUUUAACAGAAUUCUAAUUGAGACUUGGUCGCGCGAAGAUAUUGCAAUAUUAAAAAGUGAAAAGUUGUAAAUGGGACCGUCCCAUUAAAUAAAUAAGCGAAAGUAAAUCAAUUAACGAUAGAUUUUCUCGGCUUUAAGUUGCUAGAAAAAUCUGCCAUUGCAAAACGAUAAAAAUGAGAUACUUGAUGAUUUGAGGAUGAUAUAGACUUAAGCAAUAAUGAUUGAAUCAUAGAAGAAUCAUUUAGAAGUUAUAACGGAGAACUAUGUUGCAUUAUUUGUAUUAUUUUUAUAUUAUUAUAUAUAUAUAUUUGUUAUAUAUAUUUAUGUGAUUAUAUUUAUAUACCAUUUAUGUAUAUUAAUUAUUGAAAUCGCGGGCGCGUGUUACAAGUGUAUUUAGGUCUAUAUCAUUCUCAACACUGAGAGAAAUAUUUGGUGAGAUAGCAAAAAAAAAAAAAAAACGUUUGAAUAGUAAUCAAAUGAAUUUUAUAGUUGUAAUUACUAAACAUAUAGUUGUUUCGACCAAACAAUCUACAGCCUUAACCAAACAAUUGUUUUUAUACGACUUAUGACUAAAUGGUUCGUUAAAUAUAACCAAGUUUUUGGUACCAAUAACUGCAAAAUUCAUUUCACUAUUUAACUUUUGAUUAAUAUUUCUCUCGGUGAACGCCUCGUACAUUCAGACACCGAAAGAAGGCAGAACGUCUGAAAAAUAUUCGCUGGACGUUUCGAAUUAUUUCUUAAAGGUUUAUAUUGUCCGGGUUUGAAUGCGACACGCGUGAAAAAUACGCGUAAGUUGACCUCCGAAACGGAAAAGCUAGGCGGAAAAUUGUUGGGUGUCGCGUGUUAACGUAAUCACGCGAGAAAUAGAUCAGUUGUCGAUUAUAUUUCUAGCGUCACAUGAGGGUCACAUUCUCGCGUGUUAUUCAUUGCUGUGCGUUCUUACGUUUAAUUGGUUUACGACGAAAACUUUGCGCAAAGUCGUUUUGUCGGCCCUUCAACGGGAAACGGAGUAAAAGAAACGAGAGAAGAAUCGUAUUUUCAAAAAUGAUUGAAAAAUUGAUAUUGAACUUGUAUGUUUGCUCGGCGUACUUGAAGAUCAAAGUAUUCAGACAAUAUAAAUGUUCAAGAAGGCGAUAUGAAAGUCUUGCAAAAGUGUCUCAGGAAUAUUUUAAUUUUUUUCAGACGUGCUUCAAAUUUAGAAUUUCUUGCCGUUUGUAGAUACGGGGCUCAAGUAUCUCAUUUUUCUCCUGAUUUAAUAAACAGAAAGCCUCGUGUAAUAACGGCUAGCUCUCUCUGUCGACGGUUAACCGACCUUUUUCAUCGAGCGUGAGGAAUAAAUUUCGAGUUCGGCAAUUCGAACGAGGCAAGCUUUGGCUAUGCCCGAAGAACUUGUACGUGUAUUAUAUAGAUAGAUGUCUAAGAAAAAAUUAUGUAUAGACUGGAGUUCGACGGUGGAAUCUAUGAAGCGUGUAACAAUGGUCAACGAUCAUCGUGCGAAUUGUGAAUUGUGGUAUGAUGAUUCGUUAAUCGUUAAUCCCGACGCGGUCCGUUUAUCUUAAAAGUGACACGCAAAACCCCGUACCAUAAAUGUUACUUAAAGUUAAUACGCUUAUCUAACGUAAAGUAUCUAUUUAUAAUAUCUAUUGCAGUACCUUUGUACACUACAGUAGAAAAUCACAAGUUUGUAAGAGGAAAAAAUGUGAAACGGAUCUUUUUAACGCCGAGGUCGCCCGAAAUUCGCUGCACUUUUGGGAUGAGCGGCUCGCGUUAACGCUGAAAGAUUCUACCGGCGAAUUUAGGACUUUUUGUAAAUAUACGCGAGGACGCGCGGCCCAGUUGCCGGAAGAGGCAGCACAGAAACUACUGAUACGUACGCGGGGCAUUACGUCAGACUGAUUGCGAUCUCCGCUUGUUCAUAGUGUAAUAUAAAAGUCGUUUAGGGUCUAAGAUAGCGCAUCCCUAUUGUAUAAUCCACGUUGGUAGAGACGGUAAAACGAAGAUAUAUAUAUUCUGUACAAACCCGAGUACUUUUCCCCCACCCUCCUCCUCCUCCUUCUCCUCCUCCCUUGUAUGUAUGUAUGUAUAUGUAUCGAUGUAUACGUACCUGUGCGUACAGAAUUCAGAUACGCGGAUCCGCGAAUGUGCGAUCGACAGUGACGAUCGCGUUACCGAUGUCGCACCGGUGAGAAACGCAAGACCAUUUUUUCACAGUUACCUCGUAAGCACACGCCGGCGGCCUCUCUCUCUGUUACUGUCUCGAACUGCAACUGAACUUUAAUAAAGUUUCUGUUCCCACGAA